UUGAUUUGUUCCCAAACCCUAGAUCUUCUGCUUUUGAAACCAUCAUCACCGCCUCCGAUCGUUCUUCUCCUUCACAGCGGCGCAGUCGCAUCCUCUCUCACCCAACGGGCAGACUUCGAUCUACUCCCCUUUUGCGCCAUCUCGCCCUCAUCUCCUACCCGGUCCGCCAAACCCUAAUUAUGUGAUUCUGUUUUCCACCCGCUGUGAUUUCAUUUAGGUUUGCGAGAAUCAAUCGAGGUUCAUAGUCUCGUUGUAUCCUAACCGACACAUCAAUCCCAACUUGAUUGUCUUAGAUUGACUAUGCGUUGCUCCACAUGUUUUUUGUUAUUGAUAUGUUGAAGUUUUUGAGGGGGAGGUAUUGUUGAUCCAUGUUGCUUCCAGACUCCAGUUAGCCAUUCUUUAAACUAAUGUUGUGUAUAUACUGAUCCGUGCAGAGAUAAUGGACACAUCAAACCCUGCAAUUCUUGUGAAUGGAAACCUGCUGCCAACACAUGUGAGGAAGAGAGUCAGGACCGUGAUUCAAGUACUGAACUCCGAUCGCGGUUCAGUCAUUGGGAAAUCCACAGAUGAUCAGCAGCUAGUCAUAAAGGGCUCCCCGCCAUCUACGCCACUCACCAAGUUUGUGGAGGUCAUUGGCAUUGCUGAUUCUGACAAGUCCAUCCAAGCCGAAAUAUGGACCAACUUUGGCGACAACUUUGAUGCAUCUUCCUUCAAUCAGCUUUGCCAACUUGCAAAUGGUGAAUACCAGCACUUGUUCCUGUGAGCAGCCAGCACCCUGCCAAUGGGUUGCCAAUGGGUUUAUGCAGUAGUUCAGUAGCUUGUGAAUUUUGCGAUCGGAUGAUGGUACUGUUUGUUUGGUUCUGAUAGUGUUACCUUUGAACAUGUCUUGUCUUUAGCUUUUGUUGGGAAUGGAAUUCAGAAUUCUGGGUCUCUAGUCUGUAGUUUCUGCUGCAUUGAGGGCUCUGUCCGAGUUUUUGUUCGUAUUUGGAAUGCCUUGCAUUAUGUCCAGCAAAUUUGGGAUCGUUUUGCAAAUUUACCAAACGAAUGAAGAGCGAGAGAGAGAGAAUUUUCUGUUUGGGAUCAUUUAACAUGGCUGGAGGAGAGGAGAUGGAAGAAAGGUGCCUCAACAGGGGUGAACUUGUGAUGAUGAUAGUACUUAUUUGGUCAUUCAAUUCAUUCAUUUACAUGUCACAUUGAGUAUUGAAUUCGUUUUUAAUAGACGCAAAGCCC